ACAGGCCACUCUGCAGACAAUCUUGGCGCGAGAUCGUUUUGCUGCGAAGAGCUCUGCAGCUGUGGAAGUGCAGGCCCUGCUACGCACGGCAGCCGCCAUGGCAGCGCACGACCUGCGCAAAGCUGCAGCCGCCGCUGCGGCCGCUGCAGCUGCAGCGGCGGAGGCAGCUGCGGCAGAGGCAGCUGCAGCGCAGGCGGCUGCAGCGGAGGCAGCUGCAGUGAAGGUGGCUGCAGUAGAGGCAGCCCCGAUGGAGAUAUCAUAUGCGCGGGACAUCAAGAGGGAGCUGUUCCCAGAGAGGGAACUGUCCCCUGAGAAUGGAAAGGCUCAACGGGCUCAACUACCUCCUGCGACUGUGUCCGGUGUGUCUGCCCCUCUGCGGCCAUCAUCAUCAGCGGCUUCGCCUGUGUCCAAUGAUUUGGAACUCUCGCGCAGAGAAGGAAACACCUGGACUAGUGCUUCCUCGGGCGGUUUGAGCCUGGACGCCUCCAUCCGCAACGCCGCCCUGAACCUGGGCGGCGGCGGAGCCUUGGAUUCGCUCCGCUCUGAGUUGAUGGCUCGUCUGCAGGGACCUACAGGAGGCGCUCCAGUCUUGGACCCUUCUCAUCCCCUCAGCAGCUCCCUGCGGAGCAUCGGCGACCCGUCCGCGGCGCCCGCGGGGCAUGCGGAGGGACCCCAGGAGGUGCCCACCAGAGCCACCAUUGUGAAUCAAAGGAUUAUCAUGAAGCAGCUGCAGCAAGAGUUCGCUGAGGCCUUGAUCGGCAAGGAGGAGGAGGUUCCGCCAAUGCCGGACCUGGAGGCCUCCCAGGAACGGCAACAGCUGCUGGAGGAGGAGCUUCGACGUCUCCAGCGCGAGAACGGCACACUGAAGACGGACCUGGCGAGUUCCAAGGAGGAGGCCGAAGCUCAAAAGCAGGAAGCAAAGGCUCUGCUGGCCCAGGUGAGUGAUCUGAAAUCAGAUCUGGACGAUGUUGGUUUCGGGCAUCGGGACGAGACGAAGGUCCUCCAAAGGCAAAUUCAGGAGUUGAGGGAGCUGUCGCAGCAGCAGAGCGACGAGCUACGCCAGAAGAGCGCACGCUUGGAGGAGGUGGAAGGUCGAGCCAACCACUGGGAGUCUGAAGCUCGAGAAGCCUUGAAAGCCGCCAGUUCGGGCAAGGAGCGGUUGGAGGAGCUUCACAAAAAGGAAGAGAAGACUCGACACAAACUGGAAGACACCGGUGUGGUGCUGCAGGAAAGCCAGAGCAGUUGGAGAGCAGAGCAAGAAAGGUUGAAACAGGAGCUUCAAAGUAAAGACAGUGAGAUUGCCAAGCUCAAAGAGGUUCUGGCUAUGCAUGCUCCCAAGGAAGAACUUCAGAGGUGGAGGUCCAGAUGUGAAGACUUGCAGGCUCAAGUGGAACAGGCGAAUCUCGCCAAUCGAAAGAUGCAAUCUGCUGUUGGGCACAUGUCAAAUGCUGCAUGCGCUCGUGGCGGAGACUUGCAGGAGCUUCACCGACGCAACCUGGAUUUGGCGCACGAGUACGAGAAGCAAAAGGCCGAAUUAAAAAGGAUGGACUUGGAGAAGCGAGAACUCAAGGACCAGAUUGAGAACGUGGACGUCUCGCUGAAAUACUUUCAAGGCAAGUAUCAGGACACCAUGAAGGAUUUGAAGUUGCAGAAGGAGCAAAGCAACGAAUAUGCCCAAAGCCUGGCAAGUGCCCAGAAACUGAUCCGCGAGUUGCAGGCAGAAAACCAACGGCUUCAGCGAGGUGAGCCACAGCCGGCCGCGUUUCCCGCAGCCAAUGGGAGAGUCCAUGGUGCCUAUCCUGUGUCACAGGCAAAUCUACACGCCAGUCGACAUCCCAGUAUUCAGGAAGCACCAAAUGAGGUAGAGAUUGGAAGGCAGUCCCUGCUGACGCAGUUGGAUAGCGGGAUCUUCCGAUCUUGAAGCCGUGAGUCUGACAUGAAAAAAAAUACACUUGUUCUUGUUGGUGCUAGUAGUGAAGUCCCUGGCUGGUAGAUACUUGUACAAUUGGAUACUGCU